AUGAAUUCUUCACUUGAAAGCAAGAUCUUUUCCCUCCCACCGGUAAAAUCGACGAGUUCUUCGGCGCAGCGAAUUUCACGAGAGACGACGGCCGGGAUGGAACUAUUAACCACUUCGGAGCCUCAUCUCAUCCCGGGGUACUCCGGUUAUUGUCCGCAGUUUCAAUUCAGAUGCGGCGAAACAUUCGCGAAGACUACGCACAAAUUGCUACUCGAUCCUGCAGUUAACCAUGCGGAUGCGCUCAUCCUGUCGAGCCGUGCGGUCGGCGAGGUGACAAGACCACCGCAACGUGAUGUAGACAUGGUCAACGCACGCUCCAAGAGAACCGAUUCUAUCUUCGUCCAUCCAAUGUUACCUGGAUAUGAGGGUUUCAUACCGAGAUUGGACACUAGAUGCGGACAGAGAUUCGCGGUGCACACGACCGAGCAGGUCGCCGAGUUCGAACGACAUCAAUUACGACACAAGGAGGCGCGGGAUCGGCUGAGAAGAAGGAUCGACGCGCAACAAUGCGAACAAGGCGAGCCGCGGGAUCCGAAGGAUCGUAAGCCGAUAAAAGGCCGAUUUAGACUUACCGUGCUACCGGAAUGUGUGGGAGCGAUGGUGAACUCGUCGUCCGACAUGCAGCCUCUGCACGAUUGCGCGAUAAUUUAUCGAGAAGUGAUUAUCUCCGGUCCUGAUCCUCCGAUACUCGUCCAGCCCAGCGAAAUCUACCACAAAUACGUAGGCCUGAUACCGAAUUAUCUUGGCCACGUUCCCGGCGCCGCGUUCAGGUACGGCAAGACUUUCGAAGCUGACACGAGAGACGCCAAAAGAUGGCUGCGACGAGACUCCGUUUAAUCUGGCUUCGUAGUUGCCGUUAUUUACUUAGGACAAUAAAACAAUAUCAUAUACGAUUCAUAGAACCGAGAAUGAAAGAAACGUCAUAAAAUAGCUCCUGAUAUUAAUGCGUACAAAUAGGAAUAUAGUAGAUAAGAAUAACAGAACCGUCUAUAAUAUAUUCACAGAGAUACAAAUAUAUGUAAAAAUUGCGUGU